ACUAUUUUGCCAUGGGAUUCUCAACUUCCCCUUGCCUUUGCCCUCAACACCUGAUGUUUGCCUUUUUGUUGCCUUUCUGCGUCGACUUGUUACAAGUUGUGCUUCCGCGGUGGCUGUGUCGAUCAGCUUAUACAUGGCCCUGGUUGCUAUGCUCUGCCUUAGCAUCAUCGGCCUCUGGUUAGAGCACCUGGCAGCAUGCGUUGGAAUACGCCACCGCCGCCCGGGUGAGAAUCGAUCGUUGUCUUCUGCAAUGCCGAAUCAUAAGGCAUCGCCAGAUAAACUGGACAAUAAAGGGUACACCAGCACUCCUUGCGUUUGAUCUUCUGCAACACUUGUUGCAACUCCUAGCCAGUCGUUGGAUUCCAAUCAUGUAUUGACACUGAAGCUGCGCCAGGACGAUAUAUAUCAAGGCCUUUCCCACUGUCUGUCCAUAGCAACAUAUCCCUCUCCCACGUAUGCCUCCUCAAGAGUCCGUCGGGAUGAUGUCCUUUCAACUCUGGGCUUUUUGGUCAAUUUUUUGCUAUCGAUAUGUCCGGCUUAUUGUUAACCUCUGGGCGUAUCACCGGCUUAAACCGAUUCCCCCACCUGGCCCGCUGGGGCCUGCAGAUGUAACGGUGGUCAUCCCCUGCCUCAAUAUCAACCGGCAAAGGCUGGCAGAGACCCUGGAGUCGAUUCGCAAGAAUGGUCCGCGGAAACUCAUUUUGGUAACUGUUAAGGAGGAGCAGGUUGUUGCCGAAGCAGUGAUUGGGAUGGUCGGGCUCUCUCAGGUUCAGGUAGUCACAGUGCAACAAUGUGGUAAAAGAAGGCAGUUGGUGGCAGGAAUUCAGCUUGUUGCAACUGAUAUCACUGUGCUCGCAGAUGAUGAUGUUAUCUGGGAAUCUCCUCAUCUUCUCAAAUGGAUACUCGCACCGUUCGGGAGAGAGAAGAUGGGCGGAGUUGGCACAUGCCAAGGUCUUCAGCAUGGUCUGGUGCACGGCCUGUGCCAGCGCGUCUGGAGUUUCCUUGGGGCAUUGUACCUUGAGCGAAGGAACUUUGACUGUGCUGCAGCAACAUAUAUGGAUGGAGGGACGCCAUGCAUGUCCGGGCGAACCGCCGCAUAUCGCUCUAAGAUUCUGCAGGAUCCCAAAUUCCUUGAGGCCUUUGGGGGCGAAACUUGGCAGAGCAAACAACUCCAGCCUGAUGACGAUAAUUUUAUCACACAUUGGCUGGAUUCCCACUUCUGGGACAUGCAUUUUCAAUAUCAUCCAGAAGCACUGGUUUUGACGACACUUAAGGAUAAUUGGGGGUAUCUGAAACAGUGUCUCCGCUGGUCUCGAAGCAAUUGGAGAAGCAACCUGCGCAGCUUAGUCUGCAAGCGGUUUAUCUGGAGGAGACACGCCUACAGCACCUAUGCUGUUUUUCUAACAACCCUUUCGCCGCCAGCAUUCCUUGUUGAAUCUGCAUUAAUAUGGCUCUGCCACAGGGCAACGGAGAACGACAUUGUCGCGCAUCGAUGGUCAUUGCGGUUGCUCCUUCUUUGGAUGUUUCUCACCAAGGUCAUCAAAUUCUUAGGAUAUUUCAAGCGAAACCCAUCCGAUAUUGCCUUGAUACCAAUUUCCGUCUUGUUUGGCUAUUUUCACGGUAUUCUCAAGGUCUAUGCGGCGUGUACACUUCAUGUUACGUCUUGGGGAACCCGAGACAUGGUGACAAGAGAACCAAAGUUAGGGAAUAAUGAUACUCCGAACCAACGAGCUCCUGACACCUUUGGGUCUUGGUGGCAUUCUUUCAACGCAAAGGAGCGACUCACACCAUGGCGCAGACGUACCAUUUUCUUCUGGACGAAUGCCUGGCCAGCGGGACAACCAAGGCUCCAACUACGACUCCUUGGAGUUGGGCUGUGCUUGCUGGCUGAACGGGCUCUGAAUGUUCUGAUGCCAUUGAGGGUUGGGCAGAUGAUGAGCAGACUAAGCAAAUCAAGCAACUUACCUGAGGAGAUCUAUCAUCUUGCAUUCCUUCACUUCCUUGAACCCGGAUAUUUAAUCGCGAGUGUUAGGACAUAUCUGCUGCUUCCACUAGAGCAUUAUUGGGACCGCAGAUUGAAAAUUAAUACCUUUGCCAAAGUCAUGAGUCUCCCAAGUGAGUUUGAUGAAGCUUGGGACCUCGCCACCCUGUCGGAUGUGAUAUCGGAUGUCGGCUGUUUUGAAGCAGUUAUAUCACUAACAAUUUUUAUGCUUAUUCCCGUACUUUCCGAUACUAUUUUGACAUUUACUUCUAUAUACUACCAACUUGGCAGCCGGGCAGCAGUGUCCUUUGCAGUGAUCAUGGGCUCCUAUAUCUUCCUCUCAGGAAAGCUCCGGUCCCAACAACAUAAUAGAUGGAAGAUAUAUCGUGAUAGCAUCAGAAGGGAAAAGGAGGCCUGUCGUGGCUCUAUUUUUAACUGGCGUACAGUGAUUUGCUUCGGCCGUCUGGAGCAGGAGAUCACCCGGUUUCAAAACAUCGUUGACGCCCGCUUGAAUUCCAGUCAACAUCCCGCUGCUCUUUCAAUACUGAGAGGAGCAUUACAAUUCCUUGUUUAUACAGCAGGUCCAGCUGGCUGUGUCAUGAUAACGCGCAACAUGAGUGAGGUUGCAACAAUGUUCAUUUUCCUCGCGCGAUUGCGAGAGCCUCUGGAAAACAUGCAAAGCUUUCUGGAUGCUAUCCACUUGGAGCUUGCGAAGGUCGAUUCGCUUAUUGAAAUCUCCGAGAAAGAAACAUCAGUCUGUUAUCAACGGCAGAAGGUGCUGUUAGUUAAUCAGGGAAACACCCACUGGAGCAUUGAGUUCAAGAGCGUGGACUUUUCUUACAAUAAACAAUGCCAAGUUCUUGAAGGAUUGUCAUUCAGGGUGCCGGGCGGCGAAACCAUUGCAUUUGUUGGAGAGUCUGGCAGUGGAAAAUCAACCAUCCUGAAUCUCCUUCUGCAACUCCACUUCCCACAACGUGGCUCCAUCCAAAUUAACGAAAGCGAUAUUUCGGAGAGCCAAAAGGAAGGAAUUACCUUUGUCCCCCAGAAACCUAGCUUCUUUAGUGACCGCAGCAUUAUGGAGAAUCUCAAAUACGCCAACUCCAAUGUCGAGGACGCGGAGAUAUAUAAGAUCUGCCACUCAUUGUUAAUCCACGACCGGAUACAACGAUGCCCCGAAGGCUAUAACACCCGGUACCAAGAUGCUAUGUUCUCGGGCGGAGAGCAGCAACGAUUGGCCAUCGCUCGUGCUUUAACCCGGGAUGCGCGGGUUUUGCUUCUGGAUGAACUUACAAACAGCCAGGAUAACAGGACGGCCUCUUGUAUCUUGGAUGUGCUGAAAUCACGGGCUAAUGGUCGGACCACCAUUUUAGUUUCGCACAAUCUCAGGGAGAUUAAGAACGUUCAUCAGAUCUUCUUUCUCGAUAAAGGGAGAGUGGUUGAGCAAGGGAAACAUGAGGAACUUGUUGAUUUGAAAGGUCACUACUACAAACUAUGGUCGAUCCAACAGCAGGCCGGCGAGUAAAAACUUG